AUGGCCUCCAGAAAUAUUUCCAGCGAAUACUCAUCACCAUGCACUGACCCUUGUUUGGUGGCUAUGGUGCUAGCUAUCCGGACCCCCGUCCUCUUCCAACGUCAAAGCUAGCAUACAAUUCAAGAUGGUGUACGAGUACAGGUACAACAAAGGCAUGGAGGUUUCUCACGUAUAUAUCCUACCCACAGCUUCCUCAUCCUCCUCUAGACCAUUCUAGCAAACAAACGUUAUCCUCCUAUUCCUCCCCUUCUCUCACCCCCCCUCUACUCCCCCAUUCCGUUCUCCUCUUCGCUGCCCCCACUGCCGCCAAUACGGUUCCAAAGCCUCCCUUUCCCCUCCGACCAAGCACCCCGCUAGUUCAGCAAACAAUCACAGACAUUUUCCAUCCACAAUGCAGCUCACUCCGGACAUGAAGAGUUGGGUGGAGAGUAAGAUUCAGGAGCUCACUCUCGAAGAGAAAGCCUUCCUUCUGUCCGGCGUUGAUAUAUGGAGAACGCAUGCGGUUCCCCGCGUGGAAAUACCGCAAUUGAAGGUUGGAUUACAAUUCCCCAUUCCCCGCGAUCUGCAGGCCGGAGAAGCUUCUCCAAAUUAAACACUCUUGUUUGCUUGCCUAUUUCCUGACGCUGUGUAGACUACAGAUGGCCCUGUCGGAGUUAGGGGUGGUACGAUGGUUGAUGGAACCACCGCUGCUCUCACUCCCAGUGCCGUAUCACUCUCUGCAACCUGGGAUGUCGAGAUCGUAGCUGGUAUCGGAGAUCUCCUCGCAACGGAGGUUCGAGACAAAAAGGCGGAUAUCCUGCUGGCACCAACAGGUCUGUGGUCGACAAGAACCCUAACCCUAUCACUCACCAAUACCAACCCCCGUGUGGGCGGCCCAGCUAAUGCGCGCUAGUUUGCUUACAUCGCUCGCCCCUGGGCGGCCGGAAUUUUGAAUCUUUCUCUGGCGAUGAUCCAUUCCUUGGAGGGAAGCUUGCGGCAUCGUAUAUCAACGCUGUGGAGAAACAUGGGAUCGCUACCACGAUCAAACAUUUCGCUGCCAAUGAUCAGGAGACAAGACGCUUUGUAGUUGACCAGGUGAUAACGGAUAGAUGCCUUCGCGAGCUUCACCUUGUUCCAUUUCAGAUUGCUAUCCGGGAUUCCAAUCCUUCGUGUGUUAUGGCCAGUUACUCCAAGAUGAAUGGGGUAUAUGCGAGCAACAAUAAGCGUUUAUUGACGGGUAUCUUGAGAGACGAAUGGAAGUUUGAUGGUAUAGUCAUGAGUGAUUGGUUCGGUGUCAACAGCAUUGUCCCUAGCGUUGAAGCUGGACUCGAUUUGGAGAUGCCCGGACCGGCCAGGAAACGGGGCAAGAAUCUUGUUGAUGCGGUAAACAAGGGUUUCAUGAUGGAAUCUACACUCAACAUCAAUGUUAGGAGGGUCUUAGGAUUGGUACGUUUGCUAUUGCCCGAUGAUAUCUACAAUCGGCGCACUUAUCGCGCACGCCCCCUCAUUCAAUCGUCGCGCAACAAAAACUGAUCGAGUAACCCCCAACAGAUCUAUAAGACGGGAAAGUAUAAGCACCCCCUCAGAGAAGAGGAACCCGAAGUCGCGAACAACAGACCCGAACACCGAGCAUUCCUAAGAAGGGCAGCUUCGGAAGGCAUCGUCCUAUUAAAAAACGAGAGGGGGCUCUUACCUCUAAAGUUGGAAAAAGCAAAGCAGGUCGCAUUUAUCGGGCCGAACGCAAGAGCAUCUGUUGCUGCAGGUGGAGGGUGAGUACUCGUACUGGACCAAUCCAAGAAAUUUCAUCACCGUGUUCCCCAAACCGUUCCAUCCCACCCUUUACCCGGCCCAUUCCGAGAUUCUUCUUGCAUAAGUGGUGUGCUUGGCGGGGGCAUGGGGGAAAAAAAGCUCGGAACCUCGCCGGCUAACUUUCUUUACCCAAAGUUCCGCGGCUCUAAACCCCCACUACCGCCAAAAUCCAUACGAUUCCUUCGUCGAAAAUGCCGCAUCCAAGUUCCCAAAUCUGAAGGCUGAGCACGCAAAGGGAUGCCUAGCCAACAAAUGGGUUCCCCUAUUCCCGGAGACCUGCGUUUCGCCCGAGAACGGUAAGCAUGGCAUGUACAUGGAGUACUUUGACAACACGGCUCUGCGUGGACCGGCAGUUCACGCCGCUCACCGCGAGAGCACACUGCUGUCGUGCUACGACAAUUUGCCAAAGUCUUUUGUGCCGGGGAAGAGAUAUUCGUACCGUGCGACUGGGCUGUUAACCCCCAAGACCUCUGGGAGGCACACCUUUAGCAUGGGCUCAUGCGGGCCAGGGAGACUCCUGGUUGACAAGAAGGUAAUCAUUAACAUCUGGAACCGGACCAAGGAGUCUGAACGCUCAGAGAUGUUUAUGGCCUAUGCCUCCCCAGAGGUGCGCCACGAUCUUGACAUGGUUGGUGGAAAAACCUACUUGAUUGAGGUGGAGGGUGUAUCCAAGGAACUGGACCCCAUCCCUGUGCACUAUACGAAUGAGUUAUAUAGGGAUGAGGUCAUGGACGGGUCGAGGGUAGGGUUUACGGAAGAGGUUAAGGAUGAUUUGUUAGGCGAAGCAGUGGAUUUGGCCAAAGAGUCGGAUUUGGUUGUCCUGGUUGUUGGGAAGAACAUUGAGUGGGAGAGCGAGGCUUAUGAUAUGAAGAGCAUGGAUCUACCAGGUGGCCAAGAUGAGCUUAUCACCAAGGUGCUCAAGGCUAAUCAGAACUCGAUUAUCGUAAAUCAGUCGGGAUCUCCGAUUACAAUGCCCUGGGUUGAUCAAGCGUCUACCGUUCUCCAGGUGUGUACCUCCCCCCAUCCUACACCAAGCUUACCGUUCUUCAACGUCCGUGACAUGUGACUGACGUUCCCAGGCGUGGUAUCAAGGACAAGAACUCGGAAAUGCGCUUUGGGAUGUUCUUGUCGGAAACAUUUCGCCUUGCGGCAAGCUCCCGGUGACCUUCCCCAAGCGGUUAGAAGAUACCCCGUCGUUCCACAAUUUUCCGGGCGAGAACGACAGGGUGGUUUACGGAGAGGGCAUCUGGCUAGGGUACCGCCACUACGACAAAGCAAAGGUUGAUCCCCUCUUCCCCUUCGGAUUCGGCCUCUCGUACACCAAAUUCGAGUACAAGAACACGAGGGUUUCAUCCGAGAUAUUCAAGGACAAGACGACGGUAUCAGUGGACGUUACCAAUGUUGGAAGAAUGGCCGGAAAGGAAUCCAUUCAGUUCUAUGUCUCACAGACCUCAAAGCCCGGCCUAGCCCGCCCCAUCAAGGAGUUGAAGGGCUUCGCAAAGGUGGACUUGAAGCCAGGGGAGACAAAGACUGCCAGCUACGUGCUGGACAAGUACGCGCUGGGAUAUUAUGACGAGAAGAAAAUGUCUUGGGUGGUUGACAAGGACGCCCAAUUUCAGGUUCACGCAGCGGCAAGCUCAAGGGAUAUAAGAGGAUCAGUGAAGUUCCGAGUUUCAGGCACCAUGCAGUGGAUAAAUUGAUUUUUCCUCCACGUCUCGCCCCCCACCUUCGCCUUCACUUACCACAUUCCCAUCUGGGGGGGUUUCCUAUUUUAUGCCGGCACUUUGGGCUUAUCUCCUCAUUUCCUUAGAUCUUAGGCGGCAUUCCAUGAAAUGAUUUUCACAUCCUUACCAAUGCUUGUUUUGUAAAGAGUUAAUAUCAGGAGAAGGCUACCGGCUGGGAAUUUAUGACCAAUCACGAAACCAUUUUCUGAUAAGACAUUUCUGAUAAGAUAUCGCUUGGCACGAGAUAUAUAUCAACCUCGGUUGGUGAAUUGGUGAAACUGAUGAAAGUGAC